AUAACCGAUGCCAGCAACGUCAUUAUACGGAUUAAGUUGUCUGACAGGAACGCGGUUCCUGCGAUCAUCCCGACAGAAACCUUGGUGACGUACGCCGAACGGGCCAGUAUUCAUGCCAGUAUGCCAAUCAGAUGCCAGUAGAGAGCCAGUAUCUGUAUCUGUCGCCACCGAUAGCCAAUUAAUAAGUAACUUAGAUAGUUUAAUUAAUAGACAACGCGUAAACGCAUGCGUGCGCAUACGGAUAAUAAAUCCAUGCUAGACAACGUAGGUGUGAUAGAUCCAAUACUCGCGUGUCCGCGUGCAAACGUAACACGCGCGUGUACAAUCGAGAAGCAAUAAGUAUCGCGAGCAAUUAUUUUUUGCAUCGUACUUUUCGUCGAACGAUCAACGAUUUUCUGCUUUCGGAUGAUUCAUUUGGUGACCGCGUGUUCUUCGAGGGUAUAUUCAUAAAUUGGACGGUGCAAUCGAGUUGUGAUCAUCGAAGUGGACUGACCGAUCGAUUUCUCGGCUGUGAAGUGAAUUAAUAUCCCAGGAAAACGAUCGAAACGGAGAAAGGAAGUGAACACACGGCGAGCACGGCGGCUGGAAACGCUGACUUAUAUCGAGAGCGCCAACCUGCAAUCAAGGUUCAUGGUUUUCAUGGAUGAGAGCGAGCUCUCGAGCAAGCGGUGGGCCAGCGCGCCCCGCCGCCCGGACAGCCCCUGCUUCCUGGGGGCACCAACGUCUAGGGAGGCGUCAGGACCGCCGGUGCAGCUGGAACCAGUGGACCUGUCCGUGAAAACUCCUGUGGUGUUGCAGGUGCCUCGGUAUAGUCCAGCAGCUAUAAUUAGUGCCGCCUCUAGAAAAAUCCCUUCACCUUCGACGACGCCCACGCCUCCACCGUUCUCCAUCUCCAUCGGUAAGUUCUGGCUGAUAAUGGGUGAAACAUUAAGUACAGUGAUGACUGUAUCGCCGCCUUUGCCACCGCUCGGAGAAACAGCGUGGGAGAGAAACCGGGAACGAGAACGAGAGCGAGAAAGGGUGCGAGAGAGGAGCACGGAGAACGAGGAGUCAGGAAUCAGGGAGAGGGAGCCAUGGGAUCGAGAAAAGGAACGAGAUCGCGAUAGGGACAGACAGUGGGACAGGGACAGGGACAGGGAAAGGGAAAGGGAAAGGGAAAGAGACAGAGAGAGGGACACGUCGGCCCGCAUGAUGGAACCUCUCGAUCCCGUCUUCGUUUCCUCCUCAGCGGCCCUUCUAGCGUUGCAGAGGAUAAAGGAAUCGUCCCUGGUGUUUCACAAACGUCCAACCGGAAUCGGGAUCGGUGGUAGAGGUAACGCCGGUGUCGGAGGAAACGGCGGUAGUUUACCGGUCGAUAGCGAAUGCGGCGACGCAUUGAAACGACGCAAAGUUCACAGAUGCGACGUGGCGGGCUGCGACAAGGUGUACACGAAGAGUUCCCACCUGAAGGCGCACAAGAGAACCCACACUGGUGAAAAACCGUACCAGUGCACGUGGGAGGGUUGCACGUGGAAAUUCGCGCGUUCCGACGAGCUGACGCGACAUUACCGCAAGCACACAGGCCAGAAACCGUUCAAGUGCCAUCUUUGUCAGCGAUCGUUUUCACGGAGCGAUCAUUUGUCGCUUCACAUGAAAAGGCACUGAUAAAGAGGAGCGUCUAGCUAGAAGCGGGGGGAUUGAAUGGAGAAGAAGAUGAAGGAAAAGAAGAAAGGAGAACCGUUGUUCCGAAGAAUCGGGACUCGAGUCGUGAUCGUAGACGACGAACGAUGAUUCUUUUUUUUCUUUUUUACAUUCGGGACCUGAAGAGCCUUCGAGACACGAAUCGAUUCGACGGAAUCGAACCGAGUCGAAGGUGGAUACUAGGAGAAAAAAUGAAGAAGCAAACAAAUUGUUCAUUAGGUUUAGAGAUCUAAUGAGAAUAUCAUUUUGUAAUUAUUGGUGGAUGAUCAGUUGGCGAACCUGUCAGCAGUCGAGAGACGAAGUUCACGUUGUUGAUAUUUCUACUUGUAAGUAAACAGGUUCAUCGAACCGCGGUAGAUAGAGCGUAAGAAUUGUUGAGACUUUUUUCACGGGAAAUUAUUUAUUUUGUUGUUGAAUUGGUGCAAUUUGUGAUAAACAUCACGGAAGCGUAGCUUCGAUGUAAGAGGAAGAAAAGGAAAAUGGCGGGUCUGGUCGAGGACAACGAUUGCUGCAGGUUCAGCGUGACUGUUUUUCUUCUUUCUUUUUCUUUUUUUUAUUUAUAGCCAAUUUUUACUUGUUCGUAUUCGUAGUUUGUUUUCAUCCUUUUUUUUCUUUUCCGUAUGAUUAAAUAAGGCCAGCUCAACUAGUCUAGAGCACCAUAUUGUAUCGUCUAUCGCGAAGAAAUAGAGCCAGUAAAUGGGUGAAGAGAAGUAAAUAUCUUUAAGGUAAUUAAACGAGUAAUAAUUAAAGAGAAUAAUCGAACUCCGAUAAACGGAGCUUGGGACUUAGCAUGCUCAGUUAAAUAAACUACAAAAAUCGUGAUCGUUGAACAAGUUUUUUUGUAACGCGUUAAAGUAUAGCAAUUUUAUCCGAUUAUGCACAAAGAAUUUCGCGUUUAGGGAAGGACAAUCAUUGACGUUUUCAUUGUCAAAGAAAACCAGGGAAUCAGAUGCUCUGAAAGCCAGUAUUACGUGUGUGCAUAAAGCAAUAUAUUAAACGUGUAUGUUAUUAUCGACGGUAUUGCGAUGCUUCGUUUCGUUCUUACUUUUUCGAUCUUUUCUUCGUUCGAUCGCAAACAUUCUUCGAUCGUACCUGUUCAAGAGAGGUACAUACUUGGAAACAACACUCGUACACGUACACGCAUACACACGCAAAAGAAACACAAGGUGCCAAAGUAGAAGGUGCAAAUAAGGUGUCCAUUACGCUCAAACACGGGAAGAGGAUGAAGAAAGUAGAUCGAAGAAUUAUUUUUUAAACGCUUUUGCACCACUCGCCGAAUCGUGUCGCGCAUCGAAUGUUCUCGCUGAACAACGGAACAACAUUUCGAGCUCGAUUUCUGCACAUUUUAUUUUGGCAUCUGCGAGAUAUAGUUCGCCUUCGAUGGGAAAAACAACUUUUUCCUUCGAACUGCCAACGAGAGUGAAUCGUAGAACGUUCCUCGUGGUUUUCAAAGUGUAGAUAAAAAAAAAUUUUCGUAUCGUUGAUGCAUCGAUCGUUCGAUCGUCGCCGAUUUACGUAGAUUAAAUUAGAGCUAUUGGAAACAUAUCGAAAUCGAACGAAGACUCUGCGCCGAGUCUAAUAAAAUGAGGAUACCGUGGCGCGAUGCGUGUUAACUCGUCGGAACUGUUUGUAAGGUACCAUAAGUAGAUAUUAGAGAUCUUGUUAUAUUGUCACAGGUGGAGUUAUAAAAAUACGAAGUUGUUGCAAUUGGCAAUAUAGGCAGAUAUUUUCAUGUAGCGUUUAAAACAUUGUAGAUUCGAGCGUUUGAAAUGUUUCAAAUUUUUCAUUUUGAAAAUUUGUAAAUUUAUGAAUUUGCAAUUUUGGAAUUAUUAAAAGUUAUAAAUUGAAAGGUAUAAUUUGUACAUUCAACAAUUUCAAAACUAGAAAGCUUGCAAGCAUUGAUUUUGAAGAUUCGUAACUUUGGAAACGAGUAGUUUUCCAAAUUUGGAAAAACAAUUUCAUUAUUAAUUAUGGCAAUAUAACGAGAGCCUAGUAGAACAAUCUACAAUUGCUAUACCUUACUUUCCACAGCUAAAGUGCUAAUUUCAGUAUCAUUUUCUCUCCCACACUAUACACACAUCACAAUCGAACACUUGAUCUAAGCACUAUAAUAAAACAUUCAAUAAAUAAAACAGGAACACCGUUUUCAUUAAUUUAUCUUGCAAACAGUUACGAAUCGAGUUUCCUUGGUCUUUCAGCAGAACGCGUCGCAUGAAUAUCGGACGAGCUUGUAAAUAAUUUAAAAACCUUGGAGUGACACGACGUCUCCGUAUAAAGCACGUGUGUAGCACAUUCCCCCGUUUUCUUUUCUCUUGUCACCUUGCGAGCUACGCGAUCGAAGGUAGCCGAAAGAACAGAGACUACAAUAAUCGCUCGAUAAUUUCCUACGUUCGGGGCUAGACAGAUGAGAACAUAUAUAAACAGAUCGUUUGUUUACGAGAUACAACUAUUUAUCGAAUAUCUAGGUCAGCGAUGGGCAACGCCGAUGGCGUGAUAAGCCUACAUGUGAGCAGCGAGCACUCACGGGCACUAAGCAAUUAUAUUCGUUUAAUUGUCAUAGUGGACGUUUGUUUGAUUGUCAACGAAGGUUCAACGUUCACUUCGUUGCAGUACGGUGCACGUCAGUGGCCGCAAGCUCUCCGGGCACUAGAUCUGCCCAUCGCUGACGUGGACAACAGAGUGGGUGUACGCGUGUGAACAAGGGGCGUUCCUAACGGGAGAUCACUGUUCACGGCUGGAAAGACGUCUUAUAUUCCACUGGUCAAAUUGUGAGCUCACUUUUCUACGAACGUGUAGAUAUGACUCGUAUUAAAUGUCAUUUAUCAAUACGGUCACUUCUGCCAACACGCUCAACCCGAAAGAUUCAGUCGAUGUGAACAAUGUCAUUUUGCCGUCAGACUUCGUUCCAGCUGCGCACAGUGGCGGGUAAUUAUCGAGCGGUUAGCGUAUUUCGAAACUAGUUAAAGUCGAUGGAACUAAGAUGCCAGUAUAUGCUAGAGCCAGUUUAUAUUCGUUAAAGAAGAAAGGAACCUCUACGUGUAAGAUUAACGCCGAUGAUCGAUAAAUGAAUACUUGUUACAUGUUGUAUCUCGAUAGGGAAUAGUGCCUUUUAACGUUAAGGAAGAAGUAUGCUGCGUUAGGCCUUAAGUAUACUGCUAGUGCCUUAAGUCACGCGAAUCUUCGUGCUUGUACUCAUUUCAUAACGCGACCAUUCGAAUCCUCGCCCGGAGGACCAGUGAGAUAUCAAGCUGUUGCUUUAUUAGUUGCUCGAGACUCGUGGAAAUCGAGUGUACACGAGAUUCUUCGUUACUUUCCACCUUUUAACGUCCUUUCAUUCGAAUUUACGGAAACGUUUCUUCCUUAGCUGUUCAAUUUCCAAACUGAUUCUUUAAUGGGCUUGUAGGAGAUGGAAGAUCCAUUUCUAUAUCUUCAAUUUUUAUCUACCAUUAUAAUUUCUGAUAUUAUUUUAUCGGACAUUAUAAUUUCUAUCCGUUAUCAUUUAUCUAACACUAUAAUUACUUUCUGUUAUUAACUAUUUUAUUCAUCAUUACAACGUCUACUUGUUAUUAGCUAUUUAUGUGUCAUUACAAUUUCUAUCUGUUAUCGGUUUUAUCCAUCAUUGCAAUUUCUUCCCGGUAUAAUCAUUUGCAUGUAUCAUAACUUCUAUCUGCUACCAUCACAUCACUAUAAUUUGUAUCCGUUAUCGAGUCUGUCUAUCAUAACAAUUUCUAUCUAUCGCUAUUUUCUCAGAACGAUUUCUCCGAUUUGUCAAUGUAAAAAGAGUCGACUUAACCGAUCGUCCUAAUUUGGCAGGCGUCAAACGGCGAUAUUCCGAGAGGCGCGCAAAACAGACCGCACCCCCAGGAACGUAUGAAUGAUUUUCGUAUGAUCGUCACUGCGAAAUUCAAUCCGAAAAUGGACGAGGUGCCACCCAGGAUGCCAUUCUACGAUCUUGAUGACUGAUACCGUUGUACCUUUCCUGUAGGGAAUUUCUUCGGCCGGAGCAGCCGUCAGUAAUCUGAGCGCAGCGCGGGCGAUGAGAAAUGUAUACUGACGUCAUGCCGACACCCUCUUUGAUCAUUAUCAUUUUUUUUUCUUCACCGUGCCGAGCUCGUGCCGAGUCGUGCACCUCGAGACGAUGCAUCCCAACGGCGUUACCUCCACCUCGGGACGAUUCAUUUCGGUUAAUUGUCGACGCGGCGAUAAAACUUCCAUCAUUCUUGCGUGGAAUUACAUUUCCACUUUCUUAUAUUUCCGGUAACUUGCACGUUUCUGCUUGGACUUUUGAAGAUUCUCAGAGAACAUCCUCGAUCGAGCAUUGAUUGGGGAAAUUGACCCUUUGCACUCGAGAGGUGUGGUGGUAAUAGUCACCAUUUUAUUCUGAACUGAAUAGUCGUGCCAAUAGGAAUAUUUGAAAAUUUUUGUAGAAAUUUGGUUUUAACAGUACGUGAAAGCUUUCAUUGAUCAAUCUAGAAAUUUUCAUCAGAUUCGAGCUUUUACCACCAUCUCCAGUUUCAAUGAAAUUCGACUAAAUGGAACUAUGUGUUAUUCUAACGAAAUGAAAGGAUUGCAAGAUUUGCUCCCAGCGAAAAACAUAAAAAAACAAAUAAAAAAAAUAUGAAGCUUAAGUUUCUUCCUUCCGAUGUACCAUAUGUUAACUUGUAUGUGAAAUCAUGUUAAGUUAGCAGUGACAAAUUGAGAAUACAGAAAAUCAUUUUCAGUCCGAACGAAGAAAUCCUCGAGUGCAAAGCUUUGAACCCAUCGUGAGUGAAAAAUCUGGUACUUAUUGUCAUCGAUGGUUUUUCCGGGUGUACACGACGAUCCAUCGACGUUUCUCGAGACUAACAUAGGAGGAACAUUCCACGUGCAUAGACGUUGUAGUUGGAAAUACCGUGGCGAAAAGUUGGACAAAGCGCGUGGACAAUUUGUAUCUCAUGUUAAUGCGAACCCAUUCAAUUUUCCGUAGAAGGCUAACCGUCGAGGAAACAGGAAAGCACGCGUGUAAAGGGGCUCGAGCCGAACGCGACCGAUUUUCUAUGAAGGCCCCACCUAGGAAAAUUAGCAUUUCAAGUGCCUUAACGGACGUCAACUGACAAGCAACUAAUCGAGGUUGCGUAUUCGGAUCGAAAUCACCUUUUACGAUAGAAUGGACGCUUUCGUCCGAGCAUCAGACACUUGGUCGGCACACUUCGGACAAGAUGACAGCUGGAAACAAGAACGAGAUGAGACAAAUAGGUUGCUGCGAUAUUUGCAUGCAGGAUAAUCGAUGAAUCGUAUGUUUCUCUUUGGAAAAUAGCACGCUGUGUUUGCAGCUUUUUAAUUUUUGUUGGGGAUCGAUUGUGGUUUCAUAUUUAGGGCAACGUUUAGGGUUGUGGUAUAUCGCUGGAAAAUUUGUUAUUAGAGAAUCGGUGUAUUGUAGGCUUCCUUAGAGGAAAUGUUAUUCUGUAUGGAUGUAAGGUAUUUGGAAAUUAUUUUUGUUAGAAAUUCUUUCAAUUUUAAAUGUUUCGAAGAGUUUUGGAAUUUUUUGGAUUUAAAGUUAUGGGUUAUGUAUUUUCAGGUUUUUAAAUUGAGAAAUUUUCACAUUGCCAGGUAUCCAAGUAACAAAUUUGGAUUUUUCUAAUUUCCCAGAUCCUUCAAUUUUCCCAAAUUCCCAGAUUCGCCCCAUUUUCAAAAUUUCUUAAAUUCCUAGAUUCCUUAAAGUACCAAAGUUUUUAGAAUCACCAGAUAAUCUCCGAAAUUCCCAAAAUUCCUUUCAACAACUAAAAAUUCCCAAAUCGUCAAAAUUGAAAAUUCCUUAAAUUCUAAAAUUGGAUUGUUAAUCGUGUCAUAGAGUGUCGUGCCUGAACUCGCUAUCGACUAUCCUUGAUUUCCUUCGUAAAAAAGAAUUUUACUCUUAAAUAAACGAAAAACUAAUAAAACGGUGGGUCGAACUUAUCGGAAACAAAGCUGAUGUGACAGUUUAUGUAAAUAGCGAUGAUUCUUCGCUUAAAGGGCCAGUAAAGAUACAAACACACAUACAUACAUACAUUUAUGCACGAGUCACUCACACUUAUACCUAAUCACGCAAACCACAACUAAAUUACACUUUUAAUCUGCGAUCACGCGCGGUGCUCAAUCUUUCUUGGUGCUUUCGCACGUUUAAUUCAACGUGUGUACAUGUACACUUAAAUGCAUUGUAGGUUUUGUAUAAUAUAUGAGUUGAGGGACGAGUUUUUUAUAGUUUGCUUUCCUUUUAAGGACAUUUAGGGUAGAUAUGUAUCACCAGAUGUUUAUUGCUACGUGUUAUUUAUAUAUGUUGUAAUUCCACGUGGUGUGAAUGAUACAUGUGAGAAUUCUAUAUGUGGUGAUUUUGUGUGCUGUGAUUGCAUGCUUUGUAUUUCUACGCGUGGUAGUUCUACGCGUGGUAACUCCACGUGUCGUAAUUCCACGCAUGGUGAUUCCACGC